AUGAUGGAAUUUUGUCUAUGUUCCACAGACCCACCAAUUAUCACCAUUCACACAGUUAAAGGCAUCAGACCUGAUCAGAUCUUCAUCAAUUGGACACUGGAUGCCGGGAAUUCAAUCAUGAAGAAGAUUCUAAUCAAGUGGAAACCAGAAGGAGAUGGUUCUUGGAAUGACGAGAAGAGUAUCAAAGGAUUGCAAACCUUUGAUGUUGUGGAUGGACUUUUGGCGAAUAAGAAAUACGUGUUUCAGCUUGCUGCAGAGAACAGCGUUGGCAUGGGGCCGUGGUCUGAAGUUUCUGAUGCCUUUGCCACGCCUACUUCUGGCCGCCAUUUUGACGCCGGGAUGAAAGAUGGCAAGCCUGGUUGCAUGAAACACUGCGAUUCUUUGCUUCGGUGA